GGCGAGUUUGUCACUGUUGUUGGAGGGAUUGGCAGCGACAAGUCGUCACUUCUUUCUGGCUUGUGUGGUGAAAUACCCAUUGCCAGCGGCCAAAGCUCUGUGCGCGGCAGCAUUGUAUAUCUCUGCCAAGAGGCUUUUGUAAUCAAUGUCAUGUUCCGCAAAAAUGUACUUAUGGGGGCUAAAUACAAAUAAAAAACAUUUUAAUCGGGUGAUCGAGGACAGUGCUUUAACAGGGGAUGUCACGCAUCUUCCGGCUGGCGAUAUGACCAAAAUUGGCCGCAACAGCAUCAAUCUGUCGGGCGGACAAAAGGCUUGGGUGGCUUUAACGAGUUGUUAUAGGGCGCUGCAUUUCCAAGCAGAUGUGUACAUCUUUGACGACUUGCUCUCGGCCGUCGACGUGCAGGUUGAGCGGUAUAUUGUUGAGAAUGUGCUGAUUAGUGGUGCUAUAAUAAGCAGCAAGACGCGCGCUCUGGUUACUAACGCCGAAGACCUGGUUCCGUUUAGUGUUAAAAUUGUUACGCUUGUGGAUGGCCACGCUAAAGUUGUC